GAGUGUGGACGUGCAGGGAGUACAUAUUUUUAGCUCAUGAAUGUUUAAAUGAUUCAAACCUAGUAAUUGGAGUAAAUACACGACACUGGCACUAUUUACAAUAACGCUCAAAAUAAAAACAUCUGCCACUUUUCCUCUUUUUAAGUAGCCUUCGUCACUUCAAAACCCUAAAUCUGUAUAUCUAACAUCAGCAAUCCACAAUUUCCCCUCCAUAUAUCUAUUACAUUCUAUAUAUAUUUCAUAUCAUAUAACUAUGGAAUUCAAGUUUCAAGCCAUCGACGACCAAGGGUCGACGUACUUCCAUUCUUCUUCAAGCAUGAGUUUCUUCACAGAGCAAGCACUCCGAGCUGGUUACCGGAGAAAUGAUGUUCGUGAAGCAAUUCUAAGGGAGAUAGAGAAAGAACGAAUUAGAGAAGAAAUUAUUGCAGAGGAGAUCAGUAGGAAGCGUUUAUUAGAAGCAGAGGUGAGAAGGGAAAUGUUGAUGGAAAGGGAGAUGGCAUUGCGAAGAGCAGAUGGGAUAUCGUUUCUCCCUCCCGCACCGGGGGCUUCUUCGUCCACGUGGUUCGAGCCAAGACUUUCAGUUUUGCAUCAAUCUGAUGGUAGAUUACUUGAAGAAAGAUUGGCAUUGUCGCUUGAGGAAAGAUUGAGCUAUUCAACUCGCAGAGAGAUUGGAGGACUCGAGACGGUGCCCUUCCAUCGCAAGGUGGAACCUAAGAUUUCUGAGAUAGUGGAACCUAAGACUUCUGAGAUCAUACCCUUUCAACGCAAGGUGGAACCUAAGAUUUCUGAGAUGCCUUUUCAACGCAAGAUGGAACCUAAGAUCUCUGAGAUCAAACCUCUUUCGGAGGCUAAACCGGAUGGGAGUUAUUCUGGAUCAAAGCGGAAAACUGAAACACCACCAGCUGCAGGCGAGCGUCCUACUGUUGGUCCAAAGAAGAAACCUAAAGAGGAAUGGAGUUGUGCACUGUGUCAGGUUAGUGCCACCAAUGAGCAAGGCUUGAAUGAACACCUCCAGGGGAAAAAACACAAGGCGAGGGAGGCUAAUCUUAUAGCGCAGAGGACAGGCAAAAACUUUACCAUCGGGCUAUUCCCAAAGAGAACUAGCAAGCCAACUAAGCUCACUGGUGAUCCGAAUACGGGGAAAAGUAUGGGAAAGGAAUCACUGCAGUUCAACAAAACUAGAGAAGCCUUGUUGCAGAAGAAGCCAAAUACAAUAAAGAGUGAGAUACCUUUGCAGCAUCAUGAUGUCGAUGAUUUAAAGAAGAAAAAUGGGGAGGCAGUGCAAAAAAUGCAGAAGAAUAGGGACUUCAAGAUGAAGAGAUUUAAGUUCUGGUGUGAAAUGUGUCAGAUCGGGGCCUACUCAGAGAAAGUGAUGGAAACUCAUCGAAAGGGGAAGAAGCAUGUGGGGCGGCUUCAGGAACUUAAUAAAAAUUGUGAAUCCGACGCAGGCACUCAAAUGGCAGAGACUAUUCAGAAUGCAAAGGGUGCAGAACUUGCUGCCAAAGAUGAAGAGAAGGAAACAACGGAAGAUGUUGGAUUAGCGGAUGGGUUGGAAGCUGAAAAUCAUCAGGCAUCUGCUGGAGUUGCUGCUUGUGGCACUAACUGAUUAGUUUGGUCAUCUUUUAAUGUGAAUAUUGACUAGUGUAGAUGCUGAAGGAUGGAGAAUGAAUAUAUUCUGUGAUCUACGGAAUGUAUUGCUUUUCAAUGGCUUUCCAUCAUAAGUGCCGGUGUUGUGUAAGCUUUCUUUCAUGUAACUUAUUUGUAAUGUGACGAAAUUUAGUUGGAUUCUUGGUUUUAUUUGGAAGUUCUCUUAGUUUAAGAGGAAGGGACACCAAAAGCAUUCGCUUUUUUCAAAUAUCAGACUAGGUAGUUUGGAUAAUAUAACUAUGUGAAUUUUCGGUUUGCGCA